CAACUGGCGGUCAUGCGACAGCCUAGGACAGUUCUCCGUAACCGAAUGACUGUUUUAAUCGGCCAUCCGUGAAAUGCCGACAAACCUGCGAUUGUGUUCUGUUGAAUAAUAAAAGCUCCAUAGGCAACAAGGGUGACUUUUGAGCCCCACUUGCCGUGGACCCUCUGUAACCUGUGACAUUCUAGCUCACAUUAGAGCGCGACAACGCCCGUCCCCCAAAACAAGAAACGGGUCUUGAUCACAGAUGACAGCAUCAACAACGGGCGCGAUUUUGGCUUUUACUCUGGCUUUUGUGUCAUGCGCGAAAGCCUCGGCUAGUAACUCUAACCUUGCCGUGCCUCCUGGAGCAGUGUACAUUGAUCCUCUGAUGUACAAUGUUGUAGGAGCAAACUACACGGAAUGGCGCAACUUGUCCACUGUUGGCUUUAAUCCCACUUCCACUGCACCCCCAUUCAUUCAAGUCUUUGACCCUUCGUUCCUCGAGGUUACCGGACCAUCGGCAACUAUUCGCUCAAUUACUUCUAAUCCUGGAUUUGCAUUUGCCCAUGAAGCACCCAUCUACGUUCCAGACCUCAACGUAGUAUUUUUUUCAAGCAACGAUGGUGGUCCACUCGGGUACAACGGUUGGUAUAACAACAGCGUUGUUAGCAUGAUCAACAUGACAGAAGUCGACAUGGCGCUGGCUUCCACAACGGGAGACGUUAACAUACCAAUUCAAACGCUCAACCUUCCGGACACUGUCCAAAUGGUAAACGGGGGGACAGGUCCAUACAAAGGAGACCUUCUGUUCGUCACCUCGGGUCGCGCUUUGCUUCCUUCUUCUAUCGUGCGCGUCAAUCCUAGCCCUCCCUACAAUGCUACUGUUGUUCUGGACAACUUCUUAGGCAGACAGUUCAACUCGCUCAAUGAUAUCAAAAUUCUCCCUGGCACGGACAUCAUGUUCUUCACUGAUCCCACCUACGGGUGGCUUAACGGUUUCCGUCCUGAACCAAUGCUACCAUUACAAGUUUACCGCUUUGAUCCGUCCACUGGGCAGGUCAGAGUUGUCGCUGACCAGUUUGUACAUCCGAAUGGUAUCGCAUUCACCCACGAUGGAAAAAGUGCAUUUGUCACCGACACUGGCAUCUCUGGAGGCUUCCUCGGAACGAAUCAAACCUUCCCGGCCACGAUCUACCAGUUCGAUGUUGAUCCACAGACGCAGGCGUUCACGAACCGCAGAGUGUUCGCCUACUCUGAGUCCGGUUCACCGGAUGGCAUUCAGCUUGACACAAUGGGAAACGUUUAUUCAGGUUGCGGAGAGGGCACCCACGUCUGGAACGCCGAGGGGACGCUAAUUGGGAAGUUCUAUCUUAACAGCACCACAGCUGAGAUGAUCUUCACAAAGUCCGGUCUCGUUAUUUUGGAUGAGGAGACUAUAUAUCUAGCAAACAUCCAAGCUCAGGGAUUGAAUCUUGCUACAUUGUAGAUGCGCUGCGCAAUCGCCCUAGGUCAUGUUACAUACAAAUAUCUAAAUCCAUCGUGGCACU